UAGUUGAGAAGUUCUUAAGGAAAAAAAGUAGAAUCAAAACUCUUCUUACUAAUUGAGUGACGCAGCAUAUUCCCCUAUCAUAUAUUCAUAUAAUCAUAUUCAACCCUCACCAUUAUUUCCCAUCUCAAACAAUCUCCUAUCCUUCAAAAUUGAAACACACAGAAAAAAAAAAAAAAACGAAACAGAGAGAAAAGAUAUGGCUCUGACAACAAACACUUCAUCUCUGACAUCAAAAUUGAUCUUCAACAACACUCCUGAAUUCAAUUCCCGAAAACCCCAUCAACCGAAUUUCUCUCUCCUCCCAAUCAAAGCGUCAUCAUCUUCAAAAUCUUCCACAAAUAACACCAGCACCCGCAACCCAUAUCCAAAAUGGUCCUUAGAAGGUUGGAGAUCAAAGAAAGCACUUCAACAACCCGAAUACCCAGACCCGAAUGAGUUGGAUUCGGUUCUUAAAACCCUUGAAUCUUUCCCACCAAUUGUAUUUGCAGGUGAAGCUAGAAGCCUUGAAGAAAGAAUUGGUCAAGCUGCCAUGGGAAAAGCUUUUUUACUUCAAGGUGGAGAUUGUGCUGAGAGUUUUAAGGAGUUUAGUGCUAAUAAUAUUAGAGAUACUUUCAGGCUUCUUCUACAGAUGAGUGUUGUUCUUAUGUUUGGUGGUCAAAUGCCUGUUGUUAAGGUGGGCAGAAUGGCGGGUCAGUUUGCAAAGCCACGAUCAGAUGGGUUUGAGGAGAAGAAUGGAGUGAAACUACCAAGCUACAGAGGUGACAACAUUAAUGGUGAUGUAUUUGAGGAAAAGGCAAGAAUUCCUGAUCCUCAUAGGAUGAUAAGGGCAUACACGCAAUCAGUGGCAACUUUGAACCUUCUAAGGGCCUUCGCUACUGGAGGAUAUGCUGCCAUGCAAAGGGUCGUGCAUUGGAAUCUUGAUUUCAUGGACCACAGUGAGCAAGGGGACAAGUACCGUGAAUUGGCCCAUCGAGUUGAUGAAGCUCUGGGCUUCAUGGCUGCUGCUGGACUUGCCCUCGAUCACCCAAUCAUGACAACAACAGAGUUUUGGACAUCACAUGAGUGCUUGCUCUUGCCAUAUGAACAAGCUCUUACGAGAGAAGAUUCAACUUCUGGCUUGUACUAUGAUUGUUCUGCUCAUAUGGUUUGGGUUGGGGAGCGUACGCGGCAACUUGAUUGUGCUCAUGUUGAGUUUUUGAGAGGAGUUGCUAACCCUCUUGGCAUUAAGGUGAGUGAUAAGAUGGAUCCUAAUGAGUUAGUUAAGCUCAUUGACAUUCUAAACCCUCAAAACAAGCCUGGGAGGAUCACAGUGAUUAGCAGGAUGGGAGCUGAGAAUAUGAGGGUAAAGCUUCCGCAUCUUAUUAGAGCAGUUCGUCGCGCUGGUCAGAUUGUAACUUGGGUUAGUGAUCCCAUGCAUGGGAACACCAUCAAGGCUCCAUCGGGUCUCAAAACCAGGUCUUUUGAUUCUAUAAGGGCUGAGGUUACGGCAUUCUUUGAUGUUCAUGAUCAAGAAGGAAGCUAUCCUGGAGGAGUCCAUCUAGAGAUGACGGGUCAAAAUGUGACGGAGUGUGUCGGAGGUGCACGUACCAUCACAUAUGAUGAUCUGAGCUCUCGCUACCAUACACAUUGUGAUCCAAGGUUGAAUGCUUCUCAAUCUCUAGAACUAGCAUUCAAUAUCGCAGAGAGGCUUCGUAGAAGAAGACUCGGAGCGAUACGUACUCUAGGCUCAGGUGCUCCCUAAGAGAAUCAAGUUCAUCUAUAUUUCAAUUGUGACCAGUGCGCUAUCUUGAUGGGAACACAUUUUUGGUUUACGAUUUUGCUACAUGUUUUUCGAACCUUUUCGUCUUCCUUCUUGUUGGAUUGUUGUAUGCUUUCUGAAGCUAUAAACUAUAAGAUUGUGUCA